AUGGACGACAUGGAGUACGACGACGCGGGCCACCGCGAUAUGGACGACGAGGAAGUCCCGGAGGAAGAGAUGGAGGAGGAGGUCCCGGCUGAGGAUUUGUACGAGGGCGGAGAGGACGCUGGCGACCAGGAGAACAAGGUGCAGGUGCUGGACGAAUCCCACAAGCAGCCCAACGCCCACCGUAUCACCACUCGCUACAUGACAAAGUACGAGCGCGCCCGUGUGUUAGGAACGCGCGCAUUGCAGAUCUCCAUGAACGCUCCGGUCAUGGUUGACAUCGAGGGCGAGACAGACCCGCUCAAGAUCGCCAUGAAGGAGCUACGUGAACGCAAAAUCCCCAUCAUCAUCCGCCGGUACCUGCCCGACAACUCGUUCGAGGACUGGAGCAUUGAUGAGCUCAUUAUUGAGUAGAUGCAGGUAGACAAAGGAGAAGAGAACUCUAUACACGUACGUACAUACACAACAUCUUUCAUAUCCAACGCUUUGUUGAGGAAAAUAACGUUGGAAAGCGUGUUUUUGACGA